AUGCCCAUUCGAAACCCUUUUGCGCGACGCUCCGGGCUCGCUGCACGCCAUGACCAUUUGCAUUUGCAAUCCGACCAGGAGGCCUCGCAUCCGGGCUUUGAGCGAGUCGAUACCGUCGGGUCCAAGGCUUCCUCGGCUCGGAGCCGUCGCAGCAUCAAAAGCCAAGACCCUGGGGAAUAUAAGAUGAGUGUUGUCAAUGACAGCGGCGUGUAUCUCCCGCCGUCACCUACAGAGAACAAGGGUCACUGGCCGCGGAAGUAUCUGUCCUCGAGAGAGUCAACAGACACCCGAAGCAGCUUUGGCGACAUUGAGCAUUUUCCCAUAUCCCGCGAAUCAUUUGACUCUUACAGAAGAUCAUUCGACAUUACUGCACGAUCCCCCGUUGUUUCUCAUGGCGAUUUCGGACGCCGCAGUGCAGACUCGUCUCGAUUUCCUCGCCUGCCGAGGACAGCCAUGAAUGGCCCAUUCCAGCGCCAACCGCCACCCGCCGAUGAAGGGUUUGAGGAUAUCGGCCUGGAUGACCAGAAGCAACAGGCGCGGAAGCGUGGGUUUUUUGCCAAGUUGACAGAGUCGCAAGACGCGUCUGGCCAACCAACCGUCUCCCGGUUUUUGAUGCCCGGGCGCAAGAGAGGUCAUAGUGGACAAGGUGCCGAGCUCAACCCGAUGAACCGGCCCAAAGAGGCCUGA